GUGUGUGUGGAUCAGUUGAGUAUCAAUAAACUAAUCAAUGUGUUGAUCGAUGGUCAGACUCACCGUCUGAAAAAGGCGGAGCGUCAGCGCUUUAACGAGGAGGUGGAGAUGCUGAAGGCGCUGCAGCAUCCGAACAUCGUGCGAUUCUUCGACUCCUGGAAGUCGACGCUGAGGGGACACAAAUGCACCAUCCUGGUGACGGAGCUCAUGACGUCCGGGACGCUGAAGACGUACCUGCGUCGGUUCCGUCAGAUGAAGCUGAAGCUGCUGCAGCGUUGGAGCUUCCAGAUCCUGAAGGGGCUUCACUUCCUGCACUCGCGCCGCCCCCCCAUCCUGCACCGAGACCUCAAGUGUGAUAACGUCUUCAUCACGGGGCCCACCGCCUCCGUCAAGAUCGGAGACCUCGGCCUCGCCACGCUUAAGAAGGCCUCCUUCGCCAAGAGCGUCAUCGGAACCCCGGAGUUCAUGGCGCCUGAGAUGUACGAGGAGAAGUACGACGAGGCCGUGGACGUCUACGCCUUCGGCAUGUGCAUCCUGGAGAUGGCCACGUCCGAGUACCCGUACUCUGAGUGUCAGAACGCCGCCCAGAUCUACCGCAAAGUCACCAACGGAAUCAAACCCGACAGUUUCUUCAAGGUCAGAGUCCCCGAGCUGCAGGAGAUCAUCGAAGGCUGCAUCCGCACCAACAGCAGCGAGAGGUAACGACCAAUCACAGCGCAGCGUGCACAAACUCUGACUGACAGGAAGCUCUCUGAUUGGACAGCUGUGGUGGAACACUGAUGACAUCACCAAAACUGUCCAAUCAGUGAGCUCAGGUGACCUCAAGUUCAAACUGACUGAGAGACACCUGAGCUGCAGGUGUGACGGAGCGAUCAGCUGAUCAGAGAGAAACGGCUCCACCUGCUGGACGCUCAGAGUCACUGCAGCCGACGUAACAACUAACAUUUAUUCAAAAUUAUUUAAAACAACAAUGAAGUCAGAGCCGGAUGA